GCUCCACUUGCCUGCGCUCCGCGUCCUCUUGGCCGCUCUCUUCCCCUCUCCUCCGUCCCGCCCCGUCCAGUCCAAUCGGCCUGGUUCCCACAGGCCCCCCUACCGCCCGCGUUCCUAUGGACAGACGCACAGACACCUGCAGGAAAGACGCUGCUAAUCCUGUGACAUGGAGGAUUGCCUUCAUACCUCAUCUGAGAAUCUGUCCAAAUUGGUCAGCUGGGCCCACAGCCAUGGGACCAUUUGCAGCCUCAUUCCAAACCUGAAACACUUGCUUUCAGAAGGUUCCCAUGGGAACCUGACAGCAAUGUGGGGCUGCAGUGCUGGCCAUGCUUAUCACUGGCCACUGACAGCUACUUGCAGAGCUGGGUCUCAGGAGAGGGUCUGUUUCCAAGAUAACAGAAGUUUUAAUUCUGAUAGUCCCAGUAUAAUUGGGGUACCCUCUGAGACACAGACCAGCCCUGUUGAAAGGUACCCUGGGAGAGCAGUGAAAACUAAGCUAGACUGUAACCGGACCAGAGACUCUUGUGACUUCUCUUACUGCAGCGAGCCAUCUGAACUGGAUGAAGCCGUUGAGGAGUACGAGGAUGAAAACACGCUGUUUGACAUGGUUUGUGAGUCUUCUGUUACAGAUGAAGAUAGUGACUUUGAACCCCAGACUCAGAGGCCUCAAAGCCUUAGUCGAAAAAGGCCUAACGUAAUCCCGUCUUCUCUCCAUUCAAGCUCUCAGACUCAGAUGAUUGAUGAAUGCAGCAAUGAUGUCAUCAUCAAAAAAAUCAAACAAGAGAUGCCUGAAGAUUACUACAUUGUGGCGAAUGCAGAGCUGACGGGAGGGGUAGAUGGACCAGCCCUCUCAUUGACACAGCUGGCAAAGCCCAAAUCUCAGACUCAGGCUGGUCCUUCCUGUGCGGGGCCCGCAAAGCUGAUUCCCCACGUAACAUCUGCCAUCAACAUGGAGGUAGACCCACAAUGUAUGUCUGCUUCCCCCUCUGUAAUCUCCAGACCAGUUGUCCAAAAGACUGCCAGGGUAUCGCUGGCUUCACCAAGCAGAGGACCCCCUAGUGUGCAUGGCACCAACCAGCAGGUGGCAAUGCAGAUGCCUGUGAGCACAUCCCAUCCUAACAAACAGAUCAGCAUCCCUUUGUCUGCCCUGCAGCUGCCUGGACAGGAUGAGCAGGUUGCUUCUGAAGAGUUGCUGCCCCAUGUGCCCAGCCAGGUUUCCUCGUGUGAGGUAGACCUUUCUCCUUCUGUUAACACAGAGCCAGAAGUGAGCUCCAGCCAGCAGCAGCCCCCGGUUGCCACAGCCAUCACCACGGAGGCCACAGCCCAGUGCAUACCAGCUUAUUCUACUAAGCUCAACAAAUUUCCCGUGUUUAAUAUUAAUGAUGACUUGAAUGAUCUGUGUACCAGUGCAGUGAGCCCAAAUACUACCAAAGCCACGCGGUACGCCCUGAAUGUGUGGCGAUAUUGGUGCAUGACCAACGGGCUCAAAGACCACGCGGACAUCACCAAGAUCCCUGCAGCGAAGUUGAAUGAGCUGCUCGAGAACUUUUACAUCACUGUGAAGAAGAGCGACGGCUCGGACUUCCUGGCCACCUCACUCCACGCCAUCCGCCGGGGCCUGGACCGCAUCUUGAAGAACGCAGGGGUGGGCUUUUCCAUCACCAGCAGCACCUUCAAUUCUUCCAACAAGAAGCUCAAGGAGAAGCUGUGGGUUCUGAGUAAGGCAGGGAUGUCAGGGGCCCGCUCUCGCAACAUCAUCUACUUCUCCCUCUCAGAUGAGGAGGAGAUGUGGCAGGCAGGUUGCCUAGGGGACGACAGCCCCGUCACACUCUUGUCCACUGUGGUCAAAUACAACAGUCAAUACCUGAACAUGCGGACGCUGCAGGAACACGCCGAUCUGAUGUACGGUGACAUCGAGCUACUCAAAGAUCCCCAAAACCAGCCCUACUUCGCCCGGACAGACAGCGUCAAGCGGGAGAGCAGGAGUUCCACGAGAGUGUGUCAUGGGAAGAUCUACCAUGAGCAUUCCCGGGGCCACAAACAGUGCCCUUACUGCCUCCUGUACAAGUACAUGUACAUCCACCGGCCACCGACCCAAAUGGAGGCCAAGUCCCCCUUCUACCUCACUGCCAGGAAGGAGACCACGGACAUGGGCAGCGUGUGGUACGAGGAACAGAGGAUGGGUCUACGGUCCUUGCGGGGAGUUGUCCCAAACUUAGCCAAGAAGGUCAAACUGGAAAACUGUGAGAACUUCACCUUCAUCUCCUUUACUCAGGUCUCCAGGAGGCUUGGCUCCCACAGCUACCGCCAGUGACAGUCCUCUGGGCCAGGCCGUUGCCCUGCUCACUGCGGUGAGAGCCCACUCAGACCUCCUGGCCACCUCGCUGCACCAGGCAGGCAGGCAGGGUGUGACUGCAAUGUCAUGGUCCAGGGGACCGUGUGGUCUGCUGUUCUUUUUGAGUUUAGAUUUGUUUUCUAAAUGAACAUCAUAAUAGAGUCUGAAUAAUUAGCAUGUUCUAUUCAAUUAUUACCUUCAUUGAAUUACAGAAUACAGAAGGUAUAUUGCUACAGACACAAGCAUGAGGAAAUUUGCUUUAUCUAGUGCCUUUUUAGCACAUGUCUUCUCAGAAAAGAGGGGGGAAAAGAGAACCUCUUAAGUAGUC